AUAUAGAAUUACAGAAUAGUUUCUUCAGAACGCCAUAUUUGACUCUUCUAUAGAAAGUGACAUUCCAGUUUUUGAAAAAGUUUAAUAAAUAAAAUUCUUAUUUUCCUUCUCUCGUCUUCCUUCGAAGUUAGAAAAUGGUUAGCUUCAAACAGUGUUUGGGAAUUGUAGCACUUCUGGUGUGGGGAAUAGGAUUGGCAUCAUAUUUAAAAGGUGGAUCAUCUGAAAGUGAGAAAGAUCGGUUUAAUAUUACUCUUCUAGACAAUCAUUGUACAAUUAACUUUGAAACAAAAAUUCCUGAGAACUCCAAUGUAAAAUACAAAAUCAAUAUUAUUAACUCACCUAGCAAAAACAUAUAUAGGACCGAAUAUUUAAAACAAGCUACAAAUAACUUUACAAUUGAAUUGGAUCGAGGAAAUAAAUACGAAAUUCAAAUUGCUACUUGUGAUGAUGUUGAUGAAUGUGCUGUUAUAUACACUUCCGAUAUAAUUGAUGUUAAACCAGAGAAAGUAACAAAAAAUCAACUGCCGAUUAUAGAAAAUUUAGAUAUUACGUUUGAGGAUGAUAAAUGUGAGAUUAAAUUAAAAAAAGUGGAUAAUUCCGAUAUUAAUAAGUACAAAAUCGAGCUUUUGAAUAUAGAUGAUGGCUUAACAAGUAAACAUAUAAUUAUAUCAAAUUUACAUCCUAAAGGCAAAUUUGAUGACAAAAUGGGUCCAAAAAUGUCUUAUAAACUGAAAAUCACAGCUUUUAAUACAGCUGAUGAACCUUAUGAUCCUGUGUACAGUGAUGUGCACAAUGGCAAAGAUGUAAAAGUAAUGAGUUUAAAUGAUGCAAAGAGAAGAUUAAGUGAAAUAAGUAAUUAUUGAAAUAAAAUUACCCAAACCUAAUAUUACACAUGACAAAAUGGAUUAAAAGAAACAUUUGUUAAAGUAUAAUAUGUAAAGAGGUUGAUAAAUAAAGAAAAAUUUGUUUAAAUGUAA